AUGGCGGGAGGCGUCAAGAAGCCUGUCAACAUCUUCAAGCUCAAAGACCUGAAUGACCCCAAGGAGGUCUUCAACUGGCGGCUAUGGUUUGCCGUCAUAUCCUUCGGCCUGAUGGGCGCUGCCCGUGGCAUCGACGAGGGCUUGAUAUCUGGCGCAUUCAACUCGAAGAACUUCCAAGAGUCGAUCCAUUUCUCCUCCUACAGCACUGUCGAGAAAGCCAACAUCAAGGCCAACGUCUCUGCCAUGGUCCAGAUUGGAUCUGUGGGGGGAGCUCUCUUUGCAUUCUUCGUCUGCGAUCGUAUCGGCCGUAUCUGGGCAACGCGCCAGCUUUGCCUCCUUUGGAUCCUGGGCAUUGCCAUCUUCCUGGGCAACAAUGGCAGCCUGGGCGCCGUCUAUGCAGGCCGUUUCAUCGCCGGCCUGGGCGUCGGACAGACGCCGGUGGUCUCUCCAUUGUAUCUGGCUGAAAUCUCGCCGCCGUCGAUCCGGGGUCUCUGCACAUGUAUCUUUACGGGCUUUGUCUAUCUCGGCAUCGUCCUUGCUUACUUUGCCAACUACGGAGCGCAGGUCAACUUGGGUGAUACAAGCCCUAAGCGUUGGCAAGUUCCUACCAGCUUACACAUCAUGUUCGCCGGCCUCAUCUUCAUUCUAUCCUUCCUGCAGUACGAGUCGCCUCGGUACUACAUCAGGCGAGGACAAGAUGAGAAGGCGCUGGCGGUCAUGGCGCGCGUACGCAACCUGCCCGCCGACCACGAGUACGUCGUUCGCGAAAUCACCGAGAUCCAACGGUCCUACCAGGAGGAGCUGGAGGCGACCAUGGGCGCCGGCUUCUUCGGCAUCCUGAAAGAGAUGUUCCUUAUGCCCAGCAAUCUCUACCGACUGUACCUGGCCUCGAUGGCCCAGAUCCUGUCGCAGUGGUCCGGCGCCGGCUCGAUCACUCUGUACGCGCCCGACCUGUUCAACCUCCUGGGCAUCACUGGGAACAACCAAAACCUCCUGGUCACGGCCAUCUUCGGUCUCAUCAAACUCGCUGCCGCGGUGGUCUGCGCGCUCUUCCUUGUCGACGUUAUCGGCCGCAAGCGGUCUCUUCUCAUCGGAAUCGCCCUGCAGGCGAUCUCCAUGAUUUACGUCGCAGGCUUCCUCACGGCUGAGCCGGAGAUGGGCGUCGUCAAGGGCUACGAGCUGCCCGAAUCUUCCAAAGGGGCCAGCCGCGGGGCGAUCGCGAUGAUCUACAUUUCGGGGCUGGGGUGGGCGCUGGGCUGGAACUCAAUGCAGUACCUGCUGACGGCGGAGCUGUUCCCGCUGCGGAUCCGAGCAGUGGCAACAUCGAUCUCGAUGACGCUGCACUUUGCCAACCAGUACGGCAACUCGCGCGCGGUGCCGAACAUGCUGCUGCCCGCCUCGAGCGGCGGGCUCUCGCCGAGGGGCACGUUCUGGUUCUUCGCAGCGGUGACGGUCAUCGGCGGGCUCUGGGUCUGGGUCAGCGUGCCCGAGACAGCGGGGCGAUCGCUCGAGAGCAUGGACCGGCUGUUUGUGCUGCCGUGGUACAAGAUCGGUCUGUACGGGAAUGAGUACGCGGAGCGACGGGAUAUGGAGAUCAACCAGAAAGUGCUGGCAGCGGAGGGAACGGCGGAGCAUGUGGAGGAGACUAACGACCUAGUACUUGAUAUUAUUCAGCUUCCAACCCUUCAGAUCAGGUUAGGUCGGGGCAAGCCCAAAAGGCUCUGCCGAGUUCAAAGCUUAGUUAGGGUUAGGCUAGUAAUAGAAGAACUGCUGGGUGGUGUACGUCGUAUUGUUGAUUGCCACAGCAAGAGAAUCUGUGACCUGAACGGGGUGGAUAGUAUUAACUAG